AUGGCAGUCUUGUCCACACUGAACAACUGGCCGUUCCUAAAGGCAUUCUUGGACAAGUAUCCGAAAUCCUUGGCGGACUUGAAGAAACCCCGGAGCAUCGUCAGGAUCAUUGCCACGUUCGUCUUCUUGAAUACCCUUCGAAAGGUAAUACAGGCUCUCCGGUCCUCUGCACCCCUGUCUGUCUUUCCACCCAACAUUGUAUCGGUCGCGGACAAGGACGCCAUCCACGAGAUUCUUGUUGCAUCUGACUAUCCUAAAAGCGAGAUCCAUGAGGGACUAGAACUUUACAAGCAGCACAGUCUAUUUUCCUCGCGCAACAAAGAUUUUCACAAGAACAGGAGACGACUUGUUGCUCCAGCAUUCGGAUUACAGUACCUUCGAUCGCUGGAACCCAUCAUGGGGGAUUGCAUCCACAUUAUGAUUCGAAAAAUCGACGAAAUUCUGCAGGACCCAACCUCAGUUCAGAACGGAGCCAAGGUCCUCCCCAAGGGACACAUCAACAUUUGCUCGUUCAUGAACCGACUCUCACUCGACAUUAUCGGCGAGACGGCCUUUGGAGAGUCGUUCGACAUGGUUAAGGACGACAACCAUCCUAUCCCUAAACAGAUGGCAAAGAGUUUGAAGCGUAGUAUGCAACAGACGUUCAACCCCUGGAUGCGCUGGUUUGUUCCAAUCGACUACUCGUUUAUCGACUUUUCGGUUGAGCGCGUUAAUGUUAGGCGACAGGCAGGGGAGGCAGGCAGGAGAGCGGAUCUGUUGCAGUUCUUGAUUGAUGCUCAGGCGAACGAGCGGGCGAGCGGCAAUGGCGAAACGGGGGAUGAAUAUGCGGACAUGAUUGCCGGAAAGUUGACCGACCGAGCUGUCCAAACCGAGGCCCUUGUUUUCCUGAUUGCUGGAUCAGAGACUUCAUCGACGGCAAUUACGGUCGCACUGAUGUACCUUGUUAAAAACCCCAAGGCAUUGAGGAGAUUGCGCGAGGAACUUGAUCAGGCCACUGCAAGCAAUCCUACAGGAGCUCUGCCUACCUAUGAUCAAGUCCGCAAGUUGACCUAUCUCUCAGCCUGCAUCAACGAGUCAAUGCGUUUGCGCCCCGUUGCUGCCACUGGGUUGCCUCGAGAAGUGAAUGAAGAUACGAUCAUGGGAGGAUACAACAUUCCCAAGGGGACAAUCGUGCUGGCACAAAUUUCACAGUUGCACCACAAUGCGGACUAUUUCCCUGAGCCCAACAACUUCUUCCCUGAGAGAUGGAUCCCCGAGGAAUCGCCCUUCCCUCCCAUCCAGGAUUUCACGUUCUAUCCCUUCUCUGCUGGCACCCGCAACUGUGUUGGCAAGAACUUUGCCAUGAUGGAGAUGAGAUUGAUUUUGGCGACGAUUCUGACGACGUAUGAUAUCGAGUAUGUUCCCCGACAGAGAGAGGACUAUGUGCAGUUUAUUACGACCGCGUUUGCGACCGAGAGUUAUGUGAUCAAGAUGAAGAAGCGUGUCGGAGCCUAG